CGUGACGAUCGAUCCGACCUUCGUCGUGUCGAUCGGCACACGGGUGCAUCGUAAACAGACGUGGGCUACGUCGUAGGAUCAAGAGAAGAGGCGUUUUAACCGAGACAGUCACCGAAAGCAUCCUAGAAGAAGAGGACCGUCUUCUAUUUCGAGCUUGCGUCUUUCUGUGACGUCACGUGGCCGAAAAUAUCGCGCGGUUAGGGAGGUGCAGUCGUGGCCCUGAUGUGUGGUCCAGGUCUCAAUCUUUCCCAGACUCCCAAAAAUUCUCAACCACUUCGCUCUUCGACAAUUCCUCCUGUCGACGUUCGCGACGAUCGAUCGUCCGCUGAUCGGUAAGGGAGCCCCCAGUUCGGUCGCGACAGCUUUUUCCCCUCGGUCCACGGGACCAGCGUGAGUCGCGAGGACAAUCCGCAAGAUUUCCCGAGUGUGAAACGUCUCGAGAAAAGUGGGUCGUGGCUCUCCCACGUAAAACCGAUCCCCACCUUUUCAUUUCGUCGUCUAGGAGUCCGUCAGUGGCGCAUCGGACACGUCCUCGAGAGGAUCCUCGUCGAUUCGCACGGCCCUCGUGGUCCUCGAGAACCGACACCGAUACAGCCCCCGUGCCUUUUGGUCCGCUUCCACUUGACAGUGGUGGAAGUCGAUGCGAAACGGUCGAAGCUAAUAGCCGAAGAGAGCCCUGUGACACGAGUAAAGAAGAAUGCCCGGAGCCGGUGGUCAACCACCGCAGAGGACCACCUUCAGGCCGCCAUGGGUCAAGGAAGGUCCCACACCUUUGCCUAUGCCUACUGCACCCUGGACCCUUAAUUCCAGGAGAGAUUCCAAGUCGAAAGCCGACGAACCGCCUCCGUUUACCCAAGUUACUCUCAAAAGUGUACCGAAAGCAGAAGCGAAGCCCUCGACGGAUGCACAGCCGCGUAAACAGAGCAAGAUCACAAUAAUCCCGUCACAGCCUAAAAGCGAAAAGAAUACGAGCAGUCAACCGGCACCGACGAAGCUCCGCGAGAAUGGACGGCAAGAGCCAAAUUCGAGGCCACAGCUCGAACGACAGCUUCGAAUCGAGAGGUCUCGAUCUCGAGGUGACACGGUACCUCUCUCCAAGAGCGAGAGCAGCACAGGAGCGCCGACAUUAUCGAAAAGCUCGUCGAGGGCAGCGAUCCCGCCACCGCCACCUCCGAGACCUCCACCACCGCCUCCGAGUAGAACGAUUCUGAAGGAUCUCGAGCCGCUAAACGAGACGCAACAACAGAAACUGGAAAUGCUGAAACAAAGACCACGGAAACGUCCCGACUGGGCGAGCAUGAUGAAGGAAGUCGAAAGCGGAAAGACCUUGAGGCACGUGAAGUGCAACGACAGGAGUGCGCCCUUGAUCGAGAGGGUGAACAAGGUUACAGCUGAUCCAGCAGGGAAGGCACACUUUGUGUUCGAAUCCGAAAAAUCGAACAUGCAUAACGAAUUGCUGAAGCAGAUUCAGGAGGGUGUGAAACUGAGGAGAGUCCAGACCAAUGACCGGUCGAAACCCAUGCUAGAGGGAUUAAGGAAGUUUCGAAGGCAGCUGACGAUAGAGGAGCAAAUGCAGAAAGCUGAAGAACCCACGGAUGACUCGAUUUCGGAUGACAUGGAUGACAUUGAUGCCGUCAGGGAUGACCUACAGAGUACCAAGCAAAUGCUUGCCCUUGAGCUCAGGAAUAGGGAAGCUUUGGAAAGGGAGAACAAAAGAUUACAAGCAAGGAUCCUAAAUCUCGAAGCGGAAGUCCAACACGAGAAAUCCCAGAAGAGUGUACAAGAGCAAAAGAAGUACGACGAGAAAAUCACAGAAUCGUUGAAAAAGGACGCUCAACAAGCUAGGAAGGAAGCAGAGAAAUUCGAAAAAGAAUAUAUCCAUAUAUCAGAAGAGAGAGACAAAUUAAAAAAUGAAUUGGAAGAAAUGAGAAGAAUGUAUGCUACCUUAGAAAGGCGAAUGAAAGCUGAGCAAGAGCUUGAGCCUGAGCCAGUAAUUGAGCUAGCAGAUGAUGGCGACGAAGCAGCUUGGUACAAUGUUUCAGGCAUGGCACUGGCUGGUUGUCCAAGUGCAAAAGAUGUAGCAAAAAUUGCUUCUCAGAAAAGCAUAGAUAAAAGAGAACCAAGCGAAAGCGAAGAAGAAGAGGAGGAAGAAAGCUCGGAGGAAGAAGAUGACAAGGAUCCAAAUGCAGGAGAGAAAAGGUUACAAAGAGAGAUUAAGCUUCUGACAACCAAGAUUAGGAAUUUCAAAGAUAAAGCGGUUAAUGCCAGAAAAGAAAGACACGCUUUAAAAGAUCAGAUAAAGCAGCAACAUAAACUGCUGAAAGAAGAGAAAAAGAAGUUUAAACAUCUUCAAAAGGAAGUUGAUAAAAUGGCAAAGUUAAUGUCAGAAGCUGAAGAUGAUGAAAAAGAUGAAGAAGAAGAAGACGAAGAAGAAACAGAAUCUGAAGAAUCGGAAUCCGAGGAAUCCGAAGAUGAAGAAACUGAAACAGAAGAUGAAGAUCAAUCUUUAGAAGGCCAGAGAAAUAUUUUACAGAAAAAAGCUAAAAAGCAGGAAGGACGUUUAGCAGCAUUAAGAAAGGGUAACUAUCUACUCAAAGCACAAGUUGAUAGAUUGAAAGAUGAUUUAGGAAAACAACGAGAAGAGAGCCUUUCUCUCCAAGAAGAUCUGGAUUCUGUAUUAGCAGAAUUAGGUUAAGUUAAUGUAAAAAAAAAAAAGUCUAAAAAUUAUUAUGGACAAUUGUAUACAUACACAUAUAAGUAUUACAUAUUGAAAUAUAGAAAA